CUCUUCUUCAACAUUUAAGACCAGUACAUCCUUACAGACUCAAAGCACUGUCUGAUUUCAGCCAUCAUGCAUCUACUAACAGCAUUUCUGCUAAUGGUCCUAAUAGGAUACAGCACAUCUGAAUAUCUGCAGACACUCUCCUGCUCCUAUGAGAAUAGGAAUAUAUCUCAGAACAGAAGGGUGUGGUGCAAAAGAGAUGUCAAGGAUGAAAACUGCUGUACGGGCUUCUCAUUCCGGCCAGGCGUUAGUGAUUUGGAGAAUGGCAAUAUAAAAGUGCAAGAUGAUGGAAAGUCCUUCACCGUCACUGUACGGACACUCACACAAGGGGAUGGAGUCUACUGGUGUGGCCUCAUGACUGAAAAGGAGAUCAUUGUUAAACUGGCUGAGGAUUACUUUACCACUGCUCCAUUUAACUUUGUUUGGUCUAUCCUCCGUUGGAUUUUAUUUCUUUUGCUUCCUGUGAUGACCAUCUCGACUCACAUUUAUUCAAAGAGGAAACACGGAGAUACAAAGGCAACAUGAAAACACAUAAUGAAGUCUGACCUCAAAGAAAGAAGGUGUAAGAAUGAGGCAGUCACAUUUGUGAAGAAAAUGGUUGAAUGCCAGCCAAGCCGUCGGCUGUAAAUGUAGGCUACGAUUUCCUUUUUUUUUUUUUUUUACAGAAAAGUUUAAAAAGGCAGCAUGACAAUAUUCAACUGCCAAUAUUUAAAAUGAACAUAGGUAACAAUUGUGUUCUGUUUGUUAUGUAAAUUAACAUACAAUGUAAUGUUUAUAAAGAACAUUAUUGCUAACGCAUUUAUCAUUUAUGUAAAACUGCUCUGUUUUAUGAUUUUUUUUAAAUGUGUAUGUUUUCCUCCUUUUAAUAAUAUGGCUGAACUUAUAAAAAAUGUUUCUUAAUAUAUAAAAAACAAAUGUCAUUGCCACAUUUUGCAAUGUAACAUAUAAAGCAUAAAUGUAACACAAAUUUGAUGUAAGAAUACAUAUAUAAUAAACAUUUAAUAUUUUUUUCAUUGCA